AUGAAUACAACUGAGAAUAAUGUUGACGAUGUGGACGAACUUCUAAAUAUUUCCCAAAUUAUUUACAUAACAUUUGGUCUUACUAUUCUCGUUCUUGGAACUAUUGGAAAUUUACUUGAUAUCGUAUCAUUCGUUCGACUUGAAAGUCUAAAAACAUUGGCUAGUUCACAAUUCUUACUUGCAUCGUUCUUUGGUAGUGAAAUUAUGUUAAUCACUGGCAUAUUAUUACCAAUUAUUCAAGGUUUCAUAACUCUCAAUACAUUCAUCGGUGCAACAAUCAUCUGUAAAAUUCGUUGGUAUUUUAGAACAGUAAGUGGUACAUUCUCAUUGAGUUGUGUAUGUUUUGCUGCUAUCGAUCGUUAUUUGGUAUCAUGUAUCGAUAUACGUCGUCAUCGACUGAUUACACUCACACGUGCUCGUUGGAUCAUCUUUUGUAUUGCAAGCUUUUGGCUAAUCGUUCUCUCACCAUAUGCUUUAUAUUAUACGGCAUCAAAUCAAAAAGAUUGUGCAAUUAUCAAUCCAGUAUUUGCAUACUUUGCACCUUAUUUCAAUUUAUUUCAUUACAGUAUAUUACCAUUGAGUAUUCUAUCGAUUCUUUGUGUACUUACUUGGGAAAAUUUGGGAAAACAGCAAGCAAUAUAUUUGCGUGGUACGCGUCUCUAUGAUCAAAUUACUCGAAUGAUUAUUGGUCAAAUUCUUGUCAUCUUUUUUACGAGUAUACCAAAUAUGAUCUGGCAAAUCUAUAUAGUAUCAACAAAUUCAACAUCGAAGAGUACAUUGCGUCAAGCACAAGAAGAUCUUAUCGGUAAUGUGUGUAUACUCAUCGGAUAUCUUACUCAUGCAAUGCCGUUCUACGUUUAUUGGAUGGCUUCAGUGACAUUUCGACAAAAUAUAAAGGCAUUAUUACUGCACGUUCAUUGA